ACCUGAAACCCAAGUUCAUGUAAAUAUUUUAAACUCUUAGUUUAGUUUCUGGAGUUAUUGUGGAAUUAAUUAUGUUUUCCUUAGCCUCUGUCCUCCCUGUUUUUCUGUGGUAUUUCCCAAUGCCCUAUCUUUAUCUGGGCCAGGUUACUUAGCUAAUACUCUGACACCAUAAUGAUAAUUAUUUCCCAAGAGCCAUUGCCCUGAGGGUUUCUGCACUUUUCCCUUAGGCCCCCUACACCUUCCCACAAGUCAACCAAAAAGUUACCAGCUGGAACAUUGGGGACCUCCAGAUCCCUGAUCUUGCAUAGUUGCCACCCAAGCAGAUAAAGGGAUCCUUUGAUCUUCCAGCUAUUCAAUGUUUUAACAUCACCCCAGUCUUCCACAUCAGACCUCUUCUCACUGUGAGCCAAGGCCUAUCGUGUGUGUCGGCACUCUACUAGGCAGGUCUGGAAGAAGGCAUAGCAUCCAUUGAUUAGAGGACAAUGCGUAUGAGAAUAUGCAGGAGCCCCAGGAGACCCACAUGUCCAGCCACCUAGACGAAGUCGUUGCUGCUGUCAGCGUCACUUCUAAAAACAGGAUCCCGAAUAAGCUGCUUCAGACAGCACUGUUCCAGCCCCCUCGAGAGAAACUCCACCUGUGUGAGGAGAGAGCGAAGUCCUACUCCAGCAGCCGAGAGUACAAACAGGCCAUCCAGGAGCUUGUGCGCUGUGUGGCACUAACAAGAAUUUGCUAUGGCGACUGGCACUGGAAACUAGCGGAGGCGUAUGUUAACCUGGCUCAGGGUUACCUGCAGCUGAAAGGGUUGUCACUACAAGCAAAGCAACAUGCAGAGAAAGCCAAGGAGAUCCUGGCCAACUCCAUCGAGAGUCCCUGUCACAACAAAGCAGAUAUCUUCAAGUGUUCCCUGGAGCUUUUCUAUACCCUGGGGAGAGCGCUGCUCUCCCUUCAAAAAUUUAAAGAUGCCUCAGAGAACUUGAUAAAAGCAGAGAGACUUUCCAAGGAGAUGCUGCAAUGUGGGAACAUUGUAAAGGAAGAGUGGAUAGAAAUCCAGUCUCGGAUCAAGCUGUCGUUUGCACAGUUGUAUCAAGGUCAGAAGCGAUCAAAAGAAGCUUUCCCAUACUAUCAAAAGGCUUUGGAAUAUACCGAGAUCGCCAAAGAUGAAAAAAGUCUUGAGUGUGUACAAGUCCUGAGGGAACUGGCAGGUGUGGAGCAAGCCCUAGGACUCUACGACGCUGCCAUCAGUCAUUUCUCACGGGCACAUCUCAUCAUCCUGAGUAAAGAUCCCUCCCCAGAGGAGGCUGCAGACUCUGCACACUUCAUCGCCCGGGCUGCUGCUGCUUCUGGGAUGCACGACCACCGUGAUGUGGCCGAGAAAUACUUUCAGGAAAGCAUGACUUCUAUCAAGGAUUCCGAAGGAGCGGAAAGAGCCAAGUUCCUUUCGAUUCAGGAUGAGUUUUGCAGUUUUCUGCAAACCACUGGACAAAAAGAAAGAGCGGCCAUGAUCCUGAGAGAGUCCCUGGAAGCCAAAGUAGGAGCAUUUGGUGACUUCAGUCCUGAGGUGGCAGAAACGUACCGGGUCCUGGGCAGGGCAGACCUGGCACAGGGAAACAACAGUGGAGCGUACGCGAAGCUAAAGAAGUGUGUCCAGAUUGAGACGUUCUUGUAUGGAUCACAGGACAAGAAGACCCUGGCCACCCAGCACACCAUAGACACACUAUCCAAGAUCUCCGAGGCUGCCGGGAAGUCAAGGCAAUCGGUGAAAGCCAAAGUAGCAUUCUGCACCAGUGCCCCCCAGUACACCAUGCCAGGGAGGGGCAGGCACAGUGUAGCAGACUGAUGCGCCCCUGAGCCGGCCCAAAGAAAGCUCCAAGAAAGACUUGGCAUUGCUUUUAGGAUGCUGAACAAACCUCUCUCUAGCUCGAAGGUGAAGUUCAGCAGUCACUGCAGGUUUUUAAGGCUGUUUACUUCAGAAUGCAAUGGCAGUGCCAUGAAUCUUCCACACCCCAAUCGUGAAUGCCCUUUGGGGUGAUAUGGUGCUCUUGGUUAUCUUUUUUCACCAAGGAGACUCUCCUCUGUCAUCUCUGCCGUGGCUGAACCACUCUUCCCAAGUUGGAGCUUCUUGACAGCAAAGGAGACUCACCUGGUGACAAGCAGGGCUCCUGCUCCAUCCAGAGUCACAUCUGGGGCAGCGAGACCCUGCACAAAGCCUCCCUUGUAUGAAAGUAAUAGUAACUGAGAAGAAACUACCAAUAAAGAGAAGCUUGUGCUAGCA